GCCAAAUUUCGUAAAAAUUUUAGUUAUUAAUCAAUAAACACGCUUGAAACACACCGCAAAGAAAUCGCGCAUAAAGCUCUUGAAGACACCAGCUGCCAUUGCGGGAAUUGUGUAAAGCCCCAAAGUCGAAGGAGAAGGGAAAACUGGUCACGGGACGAUGAACUUCUGCCAAGCGGCGAACACCGACUUCAGCACGUUUGUUGGAUCCCAGGAAUGUGACCAGGGUUCUGCAUUCGGCGGUGAUUUCGACGUUAGUCCCUGUUUCACCCACUACGGCUGUCCCAACGAGAUGAGCGAUUUGCCCGGCAAUGGGCGUGCAGCCGCCAGGGGCGGUGCCGCCAGCAGGAUCCCCCGCUGUGCUCCGCCUCAGCGUCAACGACAAACACCGACGACCAUGGCCCGCUCGCCCAGAAUUAACUGCUCGUUUCGGCCGGUGUUCCACGAAAGGACUACGAACGAAGACGACUCUGUGCUCACCCAGCAGCUGUGGAAGCUGGCGCGAAAGACGGGACAUCUGAAUUUGUCCAACAAGGCAUUGGCCAAAGUGCCCGAGCGCCUGUACGACAUCAACGAGGCGGAUGCGGACAGCAAGGCCGUGAACCUGGAGCAGCUGACCAUCAAGGAGGAGGAUGCGUGGUGGAAUCAAGUGCCAUUGACCAACUUGGACUUGAGCUCUAAUACCUUGACGCACUUAUCGCCCAAGAUCGCGAACCUGCAGCAGUCGCUGACUGUCCUUACAUUGCACGAUAAUGCUUUGGUGGAGCUGCCACCAGAGAUCGGCAAGCUGGAGAAGCUGAUGCGCCUGAAUGUGAGCCACAACAAGCUUAGCCAGCUUCCCCGUGAGACCUAUAGUUUACCUGAGCUGCGCCAUUUGAACAUCUCCUACAACGCCUUUAACGAACUUGAUCCGGAUAUAAGUGACCUGCACAUGCUCGAGUUUUUGGAUGCCGGGCAUAAUAAUAUCCAAUCUCUGCCCGGCGGCAUUGGGUUUCUGGUACGUCUAACAGCACUCCUGUUGCCCCAUAACCACAUCAAGGAGCUGCCGCCCGAUCUUGUUAAUAUGCGAUCCUUGCAAAAGCUAGAUUUAAUGCAAAACGAUCUGACCUGCUUACCAGAGGAUAUGGGAUUGUUGAGAAAGCUCGAGUGUCUUUACUUGCAGCACAAUGACAUUUUAGAGCUGCCGAAUUUCGAGGGAAACGAGGCCCUGAGCGAGCUACAUGCCAGCAAUAAUUUUAUAAUGACGGUACCAAAGGCCAUGUGCAGCAACCUGCCACAUUUGAAGAUCCUCGAUCUGCGGGACAACAAGAUCACCGAGCUGCCCGAUGAGCUCUGCCUGCUGCGCAACCUGAAUCGCCUGGAUGUGUCCAACAAUACGAUUAGCAUGCUGCCCGUCACCUUGUCCUCGUUGGCACACCUUAUCAGCCUACAGGUUGAUGGGAAUCCCAUAAAGACGAUCCGACGCGACAUCAUACAGUGUGGAACCACACGCAUUUUAAAGACACUCCACGAGCGAGCCCUGGCCAAGGCAAAGGAGGAUGGCUCCGAUGUGGCGGGCUCCACUUUAGCGGCGGGCAUCAGUGUUACCCGUUUGAGUGGCGGACAAGCAGACGAUGGUGAACUACCCAACAAAUAUCCGGAUAGCAGCAGCUAUCAGCAGCAGCAGCAGCACCAGUUUCAAUAUCAACAUCAGUGUCCAUGUCAAUAUCACCAGCAACAUCAGGGAGGGGUAGCACCUCACGGUUAUAUGUAUAAGUCGCUAAGUCAGUGCCAGGAGUAUCAUGAACAAAUCCAGAGACACCUGUACAAGCCAGAGAGCUAUCAAUCUAGCUUAGCCAGUGGUCAGCAAAGUCGAGAGUGUCGUGGGGUUAUGUACCAGCAGCAGCAGCAGCAUCCGUACCAACAGAAGCAUCAUUACCAGCAGCAGGCUGUGCAUCCACGUUGGGUGUACAAAUUACGUCAUACACGUACAUUAGCUGUCAACUUGGAGGAACUAACCGAAGUUCCUGAGCAGGUUUUUCAAAUUGCCAGGAAUGAGGGUGUGCAUGUGGUUGACUUUGCCCGCAAUCAGCUGAGCACCUUGCCCAGUGGGUUGCAGCAUAUGCAUGAUUUGGUCACGGAACUGGUGCUGUCCCACAAUCUCAUCGGUUAUGUGCCACAGUUUAUAUCGCAGUUCACGCGGAUCACGUUCUUAAAUCUGUCAAAUAAUCUGUUGAGUGAUCUGCCCAAGGAAUUCGGUGUCCUUAACACCCUACGCGAACUAAACAUUGCCAAUAAUCGUUUUGAGUUCAUUCCCAAUGGUGUGUUUGAGCUGCAAGGACUGGAGAUUCUCGUGGCCAGCGAGAAUCAUAUUAAGAUGUUGAAUGUUUCCGGAUUGAAGAGCAUGCCGCGAUUGAGCACAUUGGAUUUACGCAAUAACGAUAUCGAUUUAAUUCCGCCCACUCUGGGGAAUCUAACCAAAAUAACUCACUUGGAACUGGUUGGAAAUCCGUUUCGACAGCCCCGCCAUCAGAUACUGAUGAAGGGCACCGAGGCCAUCAUGUCGUAUCUGCGAGAUCGGAUACCCACGUAGAAGACCAGCAGCCAAAGCAAAUUACAUUUUACACCUUUUUUUUAAGCAACACAUUUCACUAGCAGCAAUAUUUGUUUAUUUUGUCGGAAAGCCUUACCGAAAUCUAUUGUAGUUUCGCUCGACCAUGCCCACACUUGGCCCACCUCUGAAUAAGGCUUCGGCUAGGUGUGGACAUGGGCGAGUGAAAACAACGCGCAUGUUAUAUUUGAACGUAAGACACACCCUGUACCUUAUCCAGCAACUGAACUAGUCAGCGACACACCCUUUAUAUAUAUAUCUGGCUGAGAAUCUGUAAUAAACGAGGGUACUAAGACCACA